UUUCGAUGAGCCGAACGUCAAGCAAGUUCAAGGUAGCGCUGUGCCAACUGGCCGUCGGCGACAAGAAGCCCGUGAACAUCCAACGCGCGAAAGCUGCUGUCGAAGAAGCUGCUCGCAAUGGCGCGCAAGUGGUAUCUCUUCCGGAAUGCUGGAACUCGCCGUACGCAACGUCGUCGUUCCCCCAAUAUGCCGAGGAGAUUCCGGCUGGUUCUCAAGUGACAGAAGCGGAUCACCCGUCGACCCACCUUAUCCUGUCGUUGGCGAAAAAGCUCAACAUCUACUUGGUCGGGGGAAGCAUUCCUGAACGUGACAACGGAAAGAUCUACAACACCUGUGUGAUCGCAGGCCCGGAUGGAUCGUUGAUCACGAAGCACCGCAAGGUGCAUUUGUUCGACAUCGACGUGCCCGGCAAGAUCACAUUCAAGGAAUCCGAUACGCUUACUGGAGGUAGCCAAGUGACUGUGUUUGACACCCCUUGGUGUAAGUUUGGGGUCGGCAUUUGCUACGACAUUCGAUUCCCUGAAUUGUCGAUGCUCAUGAAGGAAGCGGGCGCCAAAUUUCUCAUGUAUCCUGGCGCGUUCAACCUCACGACGGGUCCCGCACACUGGGAAUUGCUCCAACGUGCGCGAGCGGUGGACAGCCAAUUGUUUGUGGCGGCGACGUCUCCCGCUCGCGGCCCCGAAAGCGGGUACCAAGCAUGGGGUCAUUCGUCGGUUGUGUCGCCUUGGGGCGACGUGGUUGCCACGACGUCACACGAAGAAGCGAUCGUAUACGCCGACAUUGAUAUCGAACAAGUGGACGAGAUGCGUCGCAACAUCCCCACCGCGAUGCAAAAGCGCACGGACCUGUACAAGCUCGUUGCCAACUAGACAAAUGCAUUGGGAGGGUGGUCCACACGGAACAUUUCUGCAUGGGGUUGUGUUGCCUUAAUAGAUAAAGUCGGACCGUUGGAAAAGCGGCCGCGCACUCAUGAGGAUGUCAAACGACACGGCCAAGCCAAUGUGGAGGAGCACAUCAGCGCCAUCGCUCACAUGCAGCCGC